UUUUUUCGUUUUACAACAGAAUUGAAAAAAUGAAAACAGCAUUUGAUUUUUCGUUUUUCCCUUUUCAAAACCAAAACCAGAAAUCGGAUUACGGUUCGUUUUCUCGUUUUUUCCAUUCUGCACCUCCAAACGGAAAAUGGAAAAUGAAACAUUCGAAAUUCCGAUUAACAAAAUCCUGGCGGCGUUGGUUGUCAGGGAAACCAAUCGCGAGCCACAUUAGUAACCAUUUACCGCGUAGUAACAGUAUAUCACUUCAUUCAUUGAGCGUAAGGAUACCUAGUAGCACUAUAAUAAUGGCUGGUUUGGAAGAGCACCGUGAGCUCAUAGAGCAAAUGUUUCGGUCGGGAAAGACCCAUUCAGAAAUGUCUGAGACAUUACGAAGUAUGGGGGUUAAGGGCUCAUCGGAAAUGUCUGUGAGGAGGUUCUGUGGAGAAGUGGGGCUACGACGGAAGGGUCACGUUACAGACCAGGAGUUGGAAGAAGCAGUGAUAUCUUCCAUUCAAAAGACCGGUCCAACGUACGGACGGAAAUUUAUGACGGGAUACCUGUCAUCUGUGGGGGUUAAAGUUGGUGAAUCCCGAGUUGGAAGGAUCCUCCGGUCCGUCCAUCAACCUUACAACGAGCUGCGUCGUGAGGGAGCUAGAAACCUGAAUCCAGUCCCUUAUCAUGCCGAUUAUACUGGCCAUAAGCUGCAUAUGGACCAAAACGAGAAGUUAGGCAUGUUUGGCGUUACCCAUGUGUUGGCUGUGGACGGGUUCAGCAGCAAAAUUGUUGCAACAUCGACAAUGCCUGUGAAGAACAAUCUUGUCAUCUAUGAGAGGGUUUACAGGGAAGCAGUUGUCAACUAUGGGAUGUGGGAUCAGGUUAGAGUGGAUCACGGAAAGGAGUUCUACUUAACACUGUAUAUGCAGGAGAAGUUGGCUGACCACCGACACAACACCAACAGACUCCCUUACCUUCAGACAACAUCUUCAAAGAACCUUCGUGUAGAGAGAAUUUGGCCAGAGGUCAACAACAGGGUAAAUUAUCCGAUCAAACAGGCCCUCAUCCACCUACAGGACCAGGAACUGUUGGACAUGCAGGACGACAUGACCAAAUUCUGCGUCUCUAAUUUGGCUUGUCAAGUCAGUGCAAUUGGACUUGCCCGAGUUGUGCAGUCCUGGAAUGCACACAGAAUACCAGGCAGAGGGAUACCUAACAACCUGGCGGCUGCUGGGUGUCCAGCUCGCUGCCCUGCUGAGCUGCUACCCAAUGCAACUGAGGCAGCACAAGGGUAUGAGGAGGAGCUGGGGUCAUCUCUGACGUGGGUGUCAGCCUUUGGCUCUGACCCGUUUCCCUCUGAGGACCAGCGAGGUGUUGCGGAGCAACUGUUUGGGGAGAGGUUCCCAGACCUAUCCCAACUGUUUGACACAGUGGUCAACCAGGACUACACCAUAUUUCAAGAGGCAAUGCUCCAUCUCAUUCAUGUGUCCGACAUGCAUGCAGUGUAAAUACAUAAAUAAA